AUGAGUCGAUCUAAAAAGAAUAUCAAGAAUCUAGAUGAUUUGUUUUCAAUAUUUAAAAAAUCUAGACCAGAUUUAUCACUAGAUUAUAAUGUUUUCCUCCCUUACUUAUAUCCAACACAGAAAUAUGCUAAUCGAAAUCAACUUAGAAGUCUCGCGAGACAAUUAAUAAAUACACAAAUAUUCACACAUAAUUCUCGAAUAUUUCUUAGAUCAAAAUUUGAUAUUAAUGGUUCAGAUUUUAAUUUUAUGUCAAAAUUACCUGGUGGAACAAAUGCAUUUGAUUUAAUUAAUCCUCGGACUUCUAAACAUACAUCACAGGAAUUACUAUUGCAAAAAUUUAUAACAGAUAAUAAUCUAAGUGGUAUAUCAAAUAUACCAAUACCAGAAUCUAAAUUACCGAAGCGUAUAAGAAGGAAAUUUGAUAGAUUAACUUUAUUAUCGAUAUUAGGUAUAUUAAUCACUGAAGAACCAAUUGCAUCUGAGAUCAUUAUACACGACCAUAUUCUUCAAUUGAAGGGAAAUAUUAAAUAA